CCGUUUCCUGGGACAACAGCCGCACAAAGCACCGAGGCGCGGACGAGCCCAGCCUGGAUUUUACGCACCGUGAAUGCGCGACGCUUCCCGGCUCCGGCUCCUGCUGCUCCUCCUCCUCCUCCUCUUCCUCCUCUCCGAAGCCGAGCCCGAGCCCUCCGGACCCGGAUCCGCCAUGCUGUCCGCGGGGCUGUCCGUGUCUCUGCUGCUGGCCGCGUCCUGCGCGCUGUGGCCGGCCGCGGUCCGGGCCGCGUCCUGCGAACCGGUGCGGAUCCCGCUGUGCCGGUCCAUGCCCUGGAACAUGACCAAGAUGCCGAACCACCUCCACCACAGCACGCAGGACAACGCCGUGCUGGCCAUCGAGCAGUUCGAGGGGCUUGUGGGAACCAGCUGCAGCCCAGACCUGCUCUUCUUCCUGUGUGCCAUGUACGCUCCCAUCUGCACCAUCGACUUCCAGCACGAGCCCAUCAAACCCUGCAAGGCCGUGUGCGAACGGGCCAAGUACGGCUGCGAACCCGUCAUGAAGCGCUACAACCACAGCUGGCCUGACAGCCUGGCCUGCAGUGAACUGCCGCUGUACGACCGCGGAGUCUGCAUCUCCCCAGAGGCCAUCGUCAAGGCUGAGGGACCAGAUCCGUACUACCAGGACCCAUCCAGGUGUAACCCAGAAUCCAGUCCAGACUUUCCCAUGGACUCCAAUAACUUCCACUGCAGAAGUCCAAUCAGAGAUCGCUGUAAAUGUAAGACAGUAAGGAUGGCUCUGAAAACCUAUCUGAAGAACAACUACAACUACGUGAUCAGGGCGAGGGUGAGGGAUGUGAGGAACCGAGGUCUGGAGCCCACGGCAGUGGUGGACGUCAAGGAGGUUCUGAAGUCGUCUCUGGUCAACAUCCCCAGGGAGACGCACACGCUGUACUACUCGUCCUCAUGCCUGUGUCCUCCGCUGACCCCCGGGGACGAGUACCUCAUCAUGGGCUACGAGAACGAGGAGACGUCCAGGUUGCUCCUCAUUGAUGGAUCCAUCGCUCAGAAGUGGAAGGACAAAAUGGGCAGGAAGGUCAAGAGGUGGGACCAGAUCCUUCAGGGCCGAGGCCGACCAAGACCGAAUCCACGUCCGAGUCGUCACUGAGACCUGACCGUGUGCACGAGUGUGUAUGACGUGCGUGAGUGUGCGACUGUGUGUGUGUGUGUGUGUAUAGAUAUUGCACUAUCACAGGCUGUUGUAGCUGAAUGUAGUUCAUCUCUUCAUCCGUCAGACGCUUUUGGAGUCUGACUUUUGUCAUUUAUUAUCUUUGCACAGACAUAAUUUAGUGUGCUUUUAGCGUGUGGCGUGUACACCUGGAGCACUCACGAGAAGGGGGCGGAGCUUCAAAAGCUGUAGCAGCCUGACUGUACGUACAUGACACUUUUGGGAAACGAACAUCUCUUUCAGCAGUUCCUCCCGACGGUCACUGCUACAAGUCUAGUAAUCCUGGAUACCUGUGGUGUUACCAUGGCAACGGGAUGAAGGACAUAAAAACAAGACAGAGGCGGUAGAAAGGAGAAGUCCCGCCCCUUUGGUGUGCCCUGUGAGACCUUACAUCAGAAGAAAUAUCUUAGUGUCAAUGGUGAGAGAAAUUUAGUCAAACAAGCAAGAAACUUUUUGUAAUAAAAAGUACAAAUAAUUUCCCAAAGUUUGGACCAUCAUCAUCAUCAUCAUCAUUAUUAUUAUUAUUAUUAUUAUUAUUAUUAUUAUUUAUUUUUAUUAUUAUUUCCAUAUGUGUUCAAAAAUUAGGAAGAGGCAUAUCCUAAAAUGACUAGAUGCAAAAAGCUAAAAGACAAAAGAUGAAGUCGACUGGGAAAAUUAUUUUUUUAGGAUUAAUUUGCUUUAGGUGAUGCACAUAAUGGUCGGACAUUCCACCUAAACUCUGUAUCUGUACAUGAUCACAUUCAAAUGGGAUUAAAAUUCCAAUCGUAAUAUCUGUCUGUGCAUUUUUUAGUCUGAUCCACCUACAGAAAUGGGAUAAAAAAUAAACACAGUCUCUGUUUUCUGGUGACAUUUUGGAUGCAAUGCCGCUGCGAAAACACAGGUACUGCUUCAAAAACAGAGGCUGAAUUGUUUUUCAUGUUUAAGUUUGUAUAUUUUUAGUUUGCGUUGGGAAAAAAAAACUUCCAUUUUUGCAUUUUCCUUGAUUUCUAAGCAAAUACUCAAAUCUAAAUCACCAAAUUGUGCAGCCCUAAAUUAAAAAAAAUAUGUCUCUCGUCAUUGACACCCUUACUGUGUUCUCGGAGGUAAAGUCCCAUGGUGCACCUCUGAAAGGGGCGGGACUUGGCCUGUCUAUUGGGACAUUGGACGUGGACAUCUGGACUGUCACCGAUCUGCUCUAAGAACCUUUAACAGAACUUUAGUGAACUCUGCUGAAAUACUAAAGCUGGUUUGGACGACAAUGACAUCAACAGUAACAACAAUAACAGCAGCAGGAGGAAGAAGAAGAGGAGGAAGAAAAGGAGGAAAAAGAAGAGGGGGAAGAAGAAGAGGAGGAGGAUCAGUGUGUGGACUCGAGGAGAAUUCAUUCACUUUCUAUUUGGCUCAAGUGUCACAGACCUUCACAUUGAUGUGUGUAAAGUGAACGACGCCUCUGGAAAAAUGAACCCAAACUGUUUAUUUGGAAGAAAUCUGAUCUGUUUUAAAGAAGACGUGUUGUUAUUUUUAUUAUUUCUGUUUUAAACAUGGUCAGAGUUUAACCCUCCGGUAUCAUAGAAGUCUGCACAGUACCAUGGUAAUGUCAUAAUAUUUUUCAUGCAGUUUUUUUUUUACUUUUAAAUGUAUUUAUUUUUUGUAUUUCAUCACCUUGAGCUGGAAACAAAUAGUACCAAAUACUGAUAACUGUUAUAUUUUAACCCUUUUAAAUGUCAUGUUUGUAAUGUAAACAAACCAAAAUUCUUGACGCAAAAAACACUUUCUUUUUUUCUUCAAUAUUCUACAUAAAAAUUUGAUUAGUUAUUUUUGAUUUUUUUCAUCCUGUCCUAUGUCAAUGAUUAACACCAACAUUGGUUAAUUUGCAUUUUUAUUUUCAUGUGCUAGAUCAAAUUUUAAAUGCUAAAAUGUGUGAAUGUACAUUUUUUACUCGGUGUAGUAAUUUUCCAUUGUUUACAAUGUGCUGAUUUUAGAGGAUGGGUCAGAAUUAAAAAAAAAAAAAAAAAUCAUGCAAAAAUGAAUAACUUUUGAAUUCUGACCUAAAAUAAAUUGUGAAAAAUAAUAUGACCUUUAAUAACAUGAAGUGUAAAGUGUGCAUAAUAUGCUCACCUGGAUACUGGAGGGUUAAAGUCGUACCUGUGAGACAAAGCUCAGGCUUUAGCUGCUUUGGACCCUUAGUUUUCUCUGGUUUCUUGACGUCUGUAAAUAGUCCAAUAUUCAAAUACAUGUUUUACUUCAUUCCUCUGUUAAAUACAUUUACAGGUUUUGAUUAAAAGAUUAAAUCCAGUCUUACAAUAGCAUUAAUCUUUGUUGCUGAAGUUGUGAACGGUUUAAUAAUAUCAGAUGCAACUAAAUGCAAUUUUUAACCUAAUGUUUAGAAUAUAAAUGCAGUUUUACCGAUGUAUCCAUCCACUGUGAGGUGAGUCUGGUUUUAGUUUUAGUCUUAACCUCUGGUCUGGAUCUUAUAACACUGUUUGUCAAAGCCUUUGUCAUUGAUCAUUUCUGUUUAUUUCUUCUGUUAAUUUAGUGCAAACACAAAAUUAUUCACUAAACCAGUUUUAAUUGCACUUUUUCCACAUUCUUUACAUGUAUUUUUUUCACUUGUGGAAAAACUUUUUUUUUCUUUUUUUUUUUUUUUUUUUUUUACAGUAUUCUGAGGGGUUUUCAGCAUUUCUUAUGCACAUUUUAAAUUGUGCACCUAUUGACAUUCUGUAUGCACAUAUAAAGUUACACAGUGCAUUAAUAGAGGAAAUUCUAUUCAGAAACUAUACAAAAAAAUAUAUAAAAUUACCAGGGUUUAAUUAUCACAGUGGAAAACUCCACAUACACAUAUUUCAUUCUGUGUUUGAUUUUUCUUCAUGAUACUGUUGAAACAGAUGUUUUUGUUGCAUGUUUAGUUUGGAGUUUAUUCAGAUGUGACAAUGGAUUUAACUGUUGAAACAGGUCAGACACUGUUGGAGAAACUGAAACCUAUUGAAGAUCAUGUUGUAUUUUUCUGUGACGGUGAAGACCCACUGACGAUGACGAUGUAGCGUUUUAGGAUCAUUCAGAGCUCUGACUGGUUACUUCUGCCCAGCAACAACAGCUGAUUGGUCAGAAACAAAUCAACAAUAAUUCAAAGUGGUGAUUAAAAUAUGAAAUAUAAGAUAUUCUCAAGUUAAAAGUAUAGGUAGCUGCGAGGUCAAGUCCAUGCUAAUGUAGUUUCAUUGGAAAACAAAUAUGAUUUUCAUCCAUAAAGUUUCAGAAAUAUUCUGAAAACAUUCCAUCAUGUCUGAGAUACACAAUAGCAUCUCACCUGUGGUGAAAAUAGUGAAUAGCUUCAUGAUUAAAACCAUAAUUCAGCUAAAUAACAGCUGUUACAGAAUGGCCUGUAUUUCAAUUGAAUUUAAGUUGAGUUAGCAUGUGGUUGACGAGUACACUUUCUAUGAAGGGUCACAUGACAGAGGCUCAACGAAUCAGGGAAGACGACGCUGUGAAUGCGUCUGUACCUUUGUUUUUACCCAUUAGCAUGUUUCCAUGUUUCCAUUAUGAAAAUGCUGGAGUUUAACUAUUAUAUUAACAACUAUGAUUUAGAAAGUGUCCAAAAGUCCAUUUUUAGAGGGUAAAACACUGAACUGAUGUGAAAAUGCAGCAGAAAUUAAGCAUUUAUUGCAAAAAUAUAUUAGAGCUGUAGAGGACAUACAAAUGAACUUCCAAAUGCUAGCUUAGAACCAGUUUAGCAAAGAAGAAGAAGAGGUUAAAAGAUGAACAUAUUUGCCUUUUCUGAAUGUACAUUAGAAGCAUUUACAUAUUAACUCAUUUAGGACAGAACUUGACAAUUAAAACAUUAGAAGAAGAACCUUCGUCUAAUCUUGACCUGAUCCUGUUGUUCUGCAGAAGGUUCUUCAUUUUCCACGACAGAAAGCAAUGUGUCUUCAGUGGGUUUUGAAUUUUCUCUGACAGACUCUGGUCCUACAGAGGAAACACAACGAAGCACAAUCAGAGAAAGUUAUGGGAUGUAAAACUGAGCUGAGAAGGUGGUUUUACGUUGGAGUGGACUUCCUGCUGUCUGAACAUGUCCUCACAUAAACACACAGUACUCACAUUAUUACACAGUAAAGUUCAUGUUAACACACUAACACUCAGUACUAUUAGCAGUAAAACAUACUAACACUGACGUUUUGAACUCUGGACUCUGCAGCAGUUUGAACCAUUAAACAUGAAUUUACACAGU